UGGGGAGAGGAGAGGGAGAGAGCCAGCAAGGCAGGAUUUAAAUGAAAGGCUGGAAGCCGGGAGACCCGCGGAGAAAGCAAGCAACCAGGCUAGAAAAACGAGGAAACUAGGAAAGCGAGCGACCUAGAGGGAGUAGGGGAGACCGCGACUGACCUGUAGCCAGGCAGCUGGACAGACGCACGCCCGGACAGACAACCGAGCAGGCGCAGGAGAACCUCGCACUGGUUCCUCCCGCCUUUCCCUUGAAAAGCCAGGAUUUUGCCUUUUGCUUGGCGCCCGAGAGAGAAUGCUGGACUCUGCCGACUUCAGCGCGAGCUAAGAUUUCUCAGCUAGGGAAGAAAAAUCAGCUUAAUCCUGAGAAGGGGGAAAGCAAUCUCCCCUGUCCCCGUCCUCCCCCCCCCAUACCAAACUCGGGCGCCAAACCCAGCCCUUCCCCAACCAUCCGACUUCCUCCUCUCCCUUCUAGCAUGGUGGCUGUAUGGACAGUCUGACAGAGCAGAGACUGACAUCUCCCAAUCUGCCGGCCCCCCACUUGGAACACUACAGUGUUCUGCAUUGCACCAUGACCCUGGAUGUGCAAACUGUAGUUGUUUUUGCCGUGAUUGUAGUCCUCCUGCUUGUCAAUGUCAUACUCAUGUUUUUCCUGGGAACGCGCUGAAU